GUCUUUCAGAGGUAGGUCAUAUGUGAUUCCACAGCCGCAGUACAUAUCGCCAUGGCGGUGCGGGGUAUUUAAUUGCCCAGCUUUCAAAAAGCAAGUACGUACUCUACAUACACACCCACAUGCUAUGCAGUCCUCGAAACGAACCAUGGGCCCCGCAGUCCACUCGAACCGCAGUGCGCAGGGUUUUCGUUCAAGCUCAGCCCUGCGGUUGCAGCUGCAGAGUCUAGCACACGGCGAGAUGGAUUUUCGAUCGCUCGACGCCCGUUUGUGUGGUGGGGGCCCUGGGGGGGAUCGACUAUCGGGGACACGAUCUUCUGAUUCCCCUCGCCUUCCAAGUUCCAAGUUCCGGGCUGAAAUCCGAAAUCCGAAAUACCGACACCACCUUCAAAGUUCAAAGUUCAGGCUUCACCAAAAUCCCAAUUACGGCAGCGUGCGGCUGAAGCGAGACGCAAAAGUGUGGUGUGGUGAUGUCAGCGACUCAGCGUCUUGGUCAGACGUGUGCGCAACGGCACUUCGUGAGAUGCGCAAGGAGCAGGAAUACCCUCUCACAACGGAGGAGGUGGGAAGACUGGAGAACUGGAGCUCGACACAAAUGCGCGCACGCCCAGCACGCACGACAAGAGAUGAAAAAAGGGAAGGAAUACUAGAGCACACUACGGAUGCGUAUCGGCGGGACACGUUGGAAAGCCUGGAAACCUCACUGGACGUGGUUGUAACUUCGAGCCCUUCUCCCCCUCACCGGUGGUGGCGAUCUGCGAACCCCACGCCCGCCCAACGCGGAUAGGCGGGGCUGCGGCUACAGGAACAGCCACCUCAGUGGUGGAUACACUGGAUGGGCGGAAACCGAUAAUUGAAAUGUCCAUGGCUAUUUAUCGAUAUUAUCGAUUUUCUGUGAUCCCCAGAAAGCCAUUCGAGUGAGGGGGUGGGGGUUGAGUUCAACAUUUUUCUGUCAAACCAGCUCUACUCUUCCGGUACA